UCUGUGUAGUGAUAACUGAUAAUGGGGGUAUUUUGUUAAGGAGGGGAGCUUCAAAAUAUUUCUCCACGAUUAUUAUUUAUUUAAUUGAAAAUGUCGUUGAAGCUUUCUUCGUUUCUCUUAUCGCAAUCCCCUUCUUCUCCACCGUCGUCUUCCUCCGCCGCGUCGUAUGUUCCGCCGCCCCCUUUCCUCCGGUUUCCGAUAAAAUCACACAAUUGCAGAGGAAGACUCACAGUCAUCAGAGCCACUGAAAAUGACAAGUACAGUUCACCUAAUACCGGCGAUUCUAAACCUACCAACGGCACUCUGCCUAAGAACAGGAGGGAUAUUUUGCUGGAGUAUGUGCAGAAUGUGCAGCCUGAAUUCAUGGAGUUGUUUGUCAAAAGAGCGCCUCAGCAGGUAGUUGAUGCGAUGCGCCAAACUGUGACGAAUAUGAUCGGAACUCUGCCCCCUCAAUUUUUUGCUGUGACAGUUACCACUGUUGCCGAAAAUUUGGCGCAGCUAAUGUACAGUGUCUUGAUGACCGGAUAUAUGUUUAAGAAUGCUCAAUACAGGCUGGAAUUGCAGCAAAGCUUGGAACAAGCUGCUCUCCCUGAACCACAAGAGAAAAAAGAUGUGCCAGAUUAUGCACCAGGUACACAGAAAAAGGUGUCAGGCGAAGUUAUAAGGUGGAACAAUAUAUCAGGUCCGGAAACAAUCGAUGCAGUGAAAUACAUUGAGCUACUUGAAGCAGAAAUCGAGGAACUUAACCUUCAAGUUGCAAGAAAAUCGGCAAAUGGACAGAAUGAACUGCUGGAAUAUCUGAAAUCUCUCGAGCCUCAAAAUAUCAAGGAGCUAACAAGUACCGCUGGAGAGGAUGUUGUGGUGGCAAUGAAUACGUUUAUAAAACGUCUUUUGGCUGUCUCCGAUCCUAGUCAAAUGAAGACUAACGUGACAGAAACAACUGCACCGGAACUCGCAAAGCUACUUUAUUGGCUAAUGGUGGUCGGUUACAGUCUUCGAAAUAUUGAAGUUCGUUUCGACAUGGAACGCGUACUUGGCAAUCCACCAAAACCUGCUGAGCUUCCCCCAGGUGAAAACAUUUAGGUCCAAUUUGGAGCUUUCUUCUGAAAUUCGGUACUUAGGAAUAGAACUAUACGGAUCUUUCGGUUGGAGUCGCAAUUGAACUGUCAUUUUAUCGAACAAGUAAAAGGCGAUUUGAUUGACGGGAAACUGCUAGUGGUGCGUGCAGCGUGCCCCAUUUAUACUUAUCACGCCCCGUUUAUCUAUCGGUUACGUGUCUGAUUAUUAAACUAUUGUGUAUUUUUUCAAAUUAUCAUGGACUCAAAUCAACAUUAUGAUUUAUGAUAUGAUGAAAAAUUCUGAUCAUAGAUUAAAGAAAUAAUACAAGAAGUUGUUUAGCCCAUA